CCAAUCAGUAAUUGUUUUACCAGCAAGUCUGUUUUCUUUUCUGUUCCAGAGGAGAUUAUGAAGGUGUCAAUCUGUUCAUCGUUUGGUUUCUGGAGUUUGCUCAUUUAUUGUAGUUUGUUUGUUAUUGCAAAAGAAAAUAUCCACCAGGAUCAUGAGGAUGAUGAAUGGAUUGAUCCAAAUGACAUGAUAAACUACGACCCGACGACAAAGCGCAUGAGAAAACCAGCAAUGUUUGAUGAACAGAAAAAGAAGGAGACUACCACCUCUAAAAGUCCAGCAUGUCUUCCAGUAUUCAAGCGAUUCCUUUCCAGGCUUCUUAAAGAAACUUCAAAGCUUGGCCUGCCUAACGAUGGACAGACAUCCAAGCAUUAUGACGCUGAGGUGAAGCUGUCCAAGCAGUCGCUGGUGGAGAUCCAGAAGCUUUUGAAUGAAGAGAACGACUGGACCACUGGAGCCUUGGAUGAGGCUCUCAGUCAAAUUCUGCUCAGAUUCAAACUCCACGACCACGAAUCCUGGAAGUGGCGUUUUGAAGACACAUUUAAUGUAGAUGCUGAUACCGCCCUGAUGGUUGCUUUGAUUGUUCUGAUUGUCGUAGCCAUAAUCAGCACUGAGGUCUGGUCUGUGGUCUCCUGGUUUGUCCAGUUCUGGAGAAUGUUUGCUGUUUGCUUUUUUAUUAGCUUGAUCUGGAACUGGUUCCAUCUUUAUAUGGUUGCAUUUGCAGAACACAAGAAGAACAUUGUGGAGGUGGAGAGCUCAAAUGACAAAUGCACUGGGCUGAAACAACUGGACUGGAAGGACAGUUUGUCAGAGUGGUACAGACGGACAUGGACUCUUCAAGAUGAUCCUUGCAAAAAGUGCUAUGAGGCCCUUUUGGUGAACCCAAUUUUGCUUGUGCCAACAAAGGCUCUCAUGGUCACCAUAACCAGUUUCAUCACAGAUCCUUUGAAGCAAAUUGGGCAGGGAAUCGGUGAGUUCCUCAGAGCCCUGCUGAAGGAUCUACCGAUUACUCUCCAGUUACCUGUGCUGGUUAUCAUUGCACUCGCCAUCCUUGUGUUCAUGUAUGGAAGUGCUCAAGCAGCCAUACAUCAAGCAGUUCACUUUCCCCGGCUCGGUGGGCGACGGGAUCCGCCGCAUGAGGAAGCUUUGGGAGGCGGUGACCCUCCACAGUAAAACCAUUCAUGGGGU